CAAAAUAUCUGCGUGAGAGUAAGGAGACCGGUGGCUGAAUGGCUGGAAUCUCGGGUAACGGAAAACUUCGCCAGUGGCUGAUUGAGCAGGUGGAUGGAGGGAAAUACCCCGGGUUGGUGUGGGAGGACCGCGAGAAGAGCACGUUCCGUAUUCCGUGGAAACACGCCGGCAAGCAGGAUUAUAACCGCGAGGAAGACGCGGCGCUUUUCAAGGCCUGGGCGCUCUUUAAGGGCAAAUAUCGCGAAGGCAUCGAUAAACCGGACCCACCGACUUGGAAAACGCGCCUCCGCUGCGCGCUCAACAAAAGCAACGACUUCGAGGAACUGGUAGAGAGGAGUCAGCUGGAUACUUCUGAACCUUAUAAAGUGUACAGGGUCAUUCCGGAGGGGACCAAGAAAGUGUCCUGUGAGAGGACUCCCACAAUGACAAACCCUCAGAGCUUCCCACUGUACCCGACGCACACACAUCUGCAUAAUCAAGUUUCUAACUUCCUGUCUCCAGCUGAGAAAGGAUGGAGAGAUUUGCCAGAGCAAGCUCCAUUUCCAGAUUUCUACUACCCUUACAAUCCUAACUCAUACACUGCGUCCUGGGAUUCAGUCGGUUACCAGAUCAGCAACUCAUUCUACAGCUGCAGUGGUUUUGAUCCUUCGCCAUCCACCUUUAACUUGGAGCAGAGCAUGAGAACUGCAGCUUUCUCUGAUCCCAGACUACAGGUGUCUGUAUUCAGUGGGGAUUCUCUGAUCAGGGAGAUGACCGUCCUCAGCAGUGAGGGCUGCAGGUUGGCUCCUUAUGAAGAGAACCAGAAUUAUGGAGGCCCUGAGCUGGUACAACUUCCUCAGGGUGAGGGUACAGAGCUGGAGCAUGGUGUUGUGGUCUGGAUGGCGCCUGAGGGCCUGUGUGCCCGUCGGCUCUGCAACGCCAGGGUCUAUUGGGAGCUGGUGCCCACCACCACUGCUGCUAAACCUAAUAAACUGGACAGGAACCAGACCUGCAAACUUCUGGACAUCCAGCAGUUCAUCGCAGAGUUACAAGGCUACUACCUACAGACAUGUCCUCCUCCUUGUUAUCAGGUGCUGUUAUAUUUUGAGCAGUGCCAUGACAUCCACACUCACAGGAGACCCAUAACAGUGCAGGUGGAGCCACUAUUUGCUCGCCAGUUGUUCAUCCUGAGUCAGCAGAACAGUACACACCACAUGAGGGCUCCCGAUAACGCACCACUGAUGUGGGAUCAGAUGCCUCCUUCUCAGCAGAACUACUACACAGGGAGCUCUCAGCAGCAUGACACUCUGCAGGACUAAAUUCCAUGUGACACAAGUGAGGAGGUGACAAUAUAGCAUUUUACUGUUUUAUUACAUUGCAUUAGGGGGAAAAAGAAUUAUGUACUUGAAGGCAGAAGUCGACAGAUUUUUCUUUUAUUACUUUUGUAUUUCUGUAGUAGCAUUACUGUAUGGCAUCUCAUGGACAAUGCAUGCUUAGACAUAUUCAUUAUAUAGAUUUUUAUUUGCUGCACUGAUAGAUAAACCUCAUCAAGUCUGAAGAAAUUAAAUAUAAAUACCUGCAAUGAACAAAAAUAAUUUUGGCAACUACUUUAGAGCAUUUCUUUGUCAAU